UCUUUCCGAUAAAUCCGCGGUCACACUGUGCUGUGAAAAAUUACGAAAGAAUUGGUGUUUCAAUUUUUAGGAGCCACAACUUUUCGCGAAACGAACUAUGGCAUCGAUCUGUGGACGCAUGGCGCUUCGUGCCGCUGCACGCCAAAAUGUUACAUACACGCCCGUGCGUUUUUGCAAAAUGAUGAACGACCCCAUGGAGCAUGCCACGGGUAUCGAGAAGCGUGAGCUGCUCGCCAAAGCCGCCGGCAAUGAGAAUCCCUUCGACAUGAAGGUGUUCAAGCGCGGUGCUGGCACCAAGGAGAACCCCAACUUGAUUCCAUCGGCCUUCGAUGCCAGAAUCGUUGGCUGCAUCUGCGAAGAGGAUCAGACCUACGUGCAAUGGAUGUGGCUGCAGAAGGGCAACCAGAAGCGUUGUGAGUGCGGCCACUGGUUCAAGCUGGUCGAGAAGGCAGCUGUUUAAAGUUAUUAUUAAUUAAUUAAAUAAAACCAAUUAAUAACAAGAACACACCACACAACAACUACUAAGCUAAAAGUCAACCAACACUUAGCUGUCCAAAUAAAAACAGACAUCAAACCCAGAAAAACAACAACAAUACCAAAUCACCAACCUCGGCGGCUAUCAAGGGGGCAGGCAGCAGGCAGCAGCUCUUCCCGUUUUUCAGUUUUAAGUCCUUAGUUUCCACCGCAGUCAACGUUCAUCCAAGGAGCGAUGCUUGAGUAUAUACAUAUAUAUCAGAUAAACGAACAAUAAAGGAUCAAAGUGAUUUUCAGCGAAAGUAAA